GCUGCUGGGAGGGAAACGGGCUGCAGGUCUCAGGAUGCCUCUACUCGGAUUAAAAGCUAUUGUUGGAGAAAAGAUAAUGAACAAUGUCAUCAAGAAGGCGAGAGAAAAGGGACAAUGGAAGGUGCUGGUGGUGGACAAGCUGAGCAUGAGGAUGGUUUCAUCCUGCUGCAGRAUGACAGAUAUCAUGUCAGAGGGAAUCACCAUUGUGGAAGACAUAACGAAGCGCCGGGAGCCUCUGCCCACCAUGGAGGCCAUCUACCUGAUCACGCCCACAGACGAGUCUGUUGAGGGUCUGAUCGAUGACUUCAGAGACCCCCGGUCUCCGAGGUACCGAGCAGCUCAUGUCUUCUUUACUGACACAAUUCCAGACUCCCUCUUUGGCCUGUUGACCAAGUCCCGGGCCUCCAAAUGCAUGAAGGCCCUGACUGAGAUCCACAUAGCCUUCCUGCCCUAUGAAUCUCAGGUCUUCUCUCUGGACAAAGCUGAUGCCUUCCAGGACUUCUACAGCCCCUUUAAGGCUGAUGUAAAGAACAACAUGUUGGAGCGAUGUGCUGAGCAGAUCGCCACCCUCUGUGCAACACUCAAAGAGUAUCCUGGGGUUCGAUACAGAGGGGAGUACAAAGACUGUGCCGUUCUUGCACAGAUGCUUCAGGAAAAGCUGGAUGGCUAUAAGGCUGAUGAUCCCACCAUGGGAGAGGGUCCAGACAAGUGUCGCACUCAGCUGCUGAUACUGGAUCGUGGCUUUGACCCAGUGUCACCUCUGCUGCAUGAGCUGACACUGCAGGCCAUGGCCUACGACCUGCUGGGCAUUGAGAACGAUGUCUACAGGUAUGAGACCAGUGGGAUGGGAGAGACCAGGAUGAAGGAGGUGGUUCUGGAUGAAGAUGAYGAUCUUUGGCUGAGUCUGAGACACAAACAUAUUGCUGAGGUGUCAACGGCUGUGACUCGCUCUUUGAAAGAAUUCUCAGCCAGCAAAAAGAUGAACACUGGAGAAAAGACCACCAUUAAGGAACUGUCUCAGAUGCUGAAGAAGAUGCCUCAGUAUCAGAAGGAACUCAGCAAGGAUUUGGCAAUGAGCACAGAUGCAGAAGGUGAGAAGAUCAAGGAUCCCAUGAGGCUCAUUGUUCCAGUUCUCCUGGACGCCAACGUCAGUGUGUUUGACAAGAUCCGCAUCAUCUUGCUCUACAUCUUCCUGAAGAAUGGUGUGACUGAGGAGAACCUGUGUAAGCUCCUCCAGCAUGCCAACAUUCCACCUGAGGACAGUGACAUCAUUUCUAACAUGGCCCACAUGGGCGUGCCCAUCGUCUCAGAGGAUGCCAUUGAGGACAAACUUGACCCUAAGCUGUAUCCAUACAUCUCCCAGCGACAAGUAUCUUCCAAAGCCAGCGCUCCAUCAAGUGCUCGCUAUGGUAACUGGCACAAAAACAGAGGACCCACAGAGAUGAAGACAGGGCCCAGGAUUCUGGUCUUCAUUAUUGGAGGUGUGACGUACAGUGAGAUGCGUUGUGUGUAUGAAGUCACACAGGCCAAUGGCAAGUGGGAAGCCCUGAUAGGCUCCACCCACAUCCUCACACCCACCAAAUACCUGAAGGACCUGCAGCACUCAGACUUCCUGGACCCCAACGCUCCACCUGAAGGAACAACUGAACCAGCUGCAGAAUGAAAAGAUAUUUAAAUGAUCACAUGAAAUUAUUCCUCCUUCUGGCCUAAAAGACCGAAGAACCAGUUAAUUUACUGAACUUUUUCUGCAAUGAUGUCCUGUCAGCCUUCAGAACACUGAGCUGGGAUCACCAUGACCUCUGACCCCACUGACCUUCACUGAACCCCACUGACCUCCUAUGACC